AUGGCAUCACCACCACCGCAGCUCAAGGGGCCUACGCUGAAAUUGAACCAGCACCGCAACGCCGCGAGUGAGCCAUACGUUCUCGGUCUUCGCUUGCGCUGGUUUCGUCGGCUUGUUCUCACGGUUGUGUACACGUUGCACAUCAUGUCCGCCAUCUACUUUCUCAGCCUCGCCUACCUCAUGCUCACCCUGACGCCGUUUGAGGCCACUGCCAUGCGGGCGUACGCCCCCCGACCGUCCUCGAUCCUGUUUCUAGGCAUGGCGUGCCUUCACUUGACACCGUUUUUCAAGCUGUUUUACUCAUCCAGCCCCAUACUGAGGCAUCUAGUCCGGAGAGUUGCCGCAAGGAAAACGGCCACCCGCUUCACCGCACGCUCCCCGCAUUGGAAGCCAAUGUACGGAAUAAUCAUCCCGCCCUCGCUCGUCAUGUCCCCCAACAUGUCGAUGGCUACGGGUCACUUGUUAGAGAUUUCAUCGGAAACGUGGAUCGCCGGUCAAAUGGCUAAACAGAUCGUCGAUCGCAAAGUGUCAUUGUUCUAUGCCAUGGUGCUCGCGUCCAACUGCCUCAUCACGACGUGGGCGCUGCUGUUUCGCAGCUCCGGUCUCAAGAAGACCCUCAUCGGCAUCCUCGACGCGUGCCUGUCGUCCCUGCUUUCGGCGAUCAUCCCCCUCGUGUUGUUUCUGGUGCCCCUGGUCGAAUACAAGGUUUACGGCUCUGGCAACGAAUCGCAUGACUUUACGUGGCUGGCCCAGUCGGUUACAUCUGUCCGGACGUUGAUCGUGUGGACGCCCGUCCAGCCCGUUAUGGUGAUGCUGCCUAGCAUCAUGAACUACCUCGCUUUACAGGCGCUGUCUAAACGAGUACGCACCACGAAGGGGGUGACGCUGCGCAAUGUGCUGGUAACGCCAAUGGAAACCACCCUUGGCCACAGUAGCCCCCUUGGCCACAGUAGUAGGGAGCACCGACGACAGCCUAGCAAUUUUGUACACCCAAUGCUACUUGCUCCAACGGCGUCCAUGAACUCGUCCAUCCCAGCGGCAGGACGAGGUUUUAGCUCCAUCGGCAACUCGAUUCAGUCGUACGUCGCGUCCAAAACACAAGCAUUUACCUGGCAUCAAGAGCACGAAUAUGUGCUGCGGUGUGUGAUUGUGCUCAGCGUUUUGUGGGGACUCGCGGUGGUUGCGGUGGCGGUAACCGCGGAAUUCUACAGGCUCCCGUGCCCCCCGGGCUGCAUACUGGACUCGGCUCCGUGGUUCUCACGGUCUUGCAAUUGCAUCUACUUUCGAUGGACGUGCAACUCGUCCAACUAUGACGACGUGUUGGACGAAUACAUCAAUGCCACCGAUCUCGGGCAAAACCUCCUCUUUUUGCACAUCCGAAAGUGCGGGCUACGCCAAGGUUUGGCGGCGGAGACAAUGUACCAAUUUCAAUCGCUGUAUGCAUUUCACUUUGAAUUCACAAGCAUGCAACAGUGGAACAUCCCAAGCUCCGCGAUCCCAAACACAGUGAUCGUGGCCCUUAUUCGGCACAGCUUAUUGGACCACGUGCCACUUGCGUUGCAAACUCCGGGCCCCAGCCUCCGAUCUAUCUUCCUUGUGGGGUCCCCCCUUCAAAACAUUCCAAAUGCCAUCUUUAACAACUGGCAGCACCUGAACUCGCUGUGGCUGAGCUCGACCAACUUGACGGAGUUUCCACUACCGGUGCUGCAAAUGCAAGACUUGGAAGUGUUGGCGCUCGACUCGAAUCACAUCAGUACCAUCCCACCCGAGCUGCAUUUGCUGCCAAAUUUGUACUGGGUAUAUCUCGACUCGAACAACAUUUCAGUCUUUCCCGACUCGCUCGUCACGGCCCGCCACGGCAUUUACCUCUACCUGAACCACAACCCCAUCGAGUUCAUCUCAGACGACGUGGUAGCUCAAUUGGACCCGUGGUAUGUGGACAUCUCGUCGACCGUGUAUUGUCAACAACGUCAGCUCCCCCUGCUGUGCACAUCGGAUUGCUCUGAAAGCUGCAGCCAUGCUGAUUGGGGGAAUUACUUUUGUGACCCCGAGUGCAACUCGACUACGUGUCAGUACGACAAAGGCGACUGUGCCUUUUGACAAGUGUUACCAACCCCAUGGUGGGCUUUCCACUGGCUUCUUGAAUAAUUGAACCACACCAGUUGGCCACGAUUAAUAUGGGGCGGCGUACAGUUGUGCCUAACUUAAUGUCUACCCGACCACGAAUACACCAACGUUGAAC